GGUUAAACCUGUCCUGAAUCUAUAUUCCCUCCCUCUAAAAAAAUAUUUCCUUAUCUGGCAUGAUCCCGAUUUUUUAAAUUAAUCUGACCACGGAUAAUGAUGGCAACCCUGCAGUUUUAUAUCAUCCAUAUUUGACUAAACUUGCGGUGAGUGUCCUAACUGUGACAGAAUUUUAUGCGCAUGUCUUGCAAAACGAGUACGACAUGAAACAAAUAUCCGGUUAUUUUUGAAAAUAACCACAUUUCGUCCACUGUCGCUGAAAUUUACGAUACACACAGCUGUUUUAUUUGUGGGCAAAAGAAGUUGUCUAUACAGGUUAGUCAGAAAAUAAUGUUGGAAAAAGAUAAAUUAAAUUCAUCGGCUGGAGAUGGACGGAACGCUUUGGUAAAACAUCUAAGUCCGCUAGUAUAUUGGGCCCAGACCGCCUAUCAAAUAACUCUUAAGGUGGAUCUUAAGGACGCAGAGUUCGCCGAUGUGGAUUUCACACCCACAAAAUUGCAAUUUUUGGCAAAGGGUAUCGGUGCUAGAGGUCUGAAUGAAUAUGCCUUUGAAAUUACUUUUUAUGGGUUUAUCGACGACGAGGAAUCUAGUUACAGAGUAUUUGACAAUAAAAUCGAAUUCAACAUUAUUAAAAGCGAGAAAGCAUGGUGGCCGCGUCUUAUAGCCACACCUCAGAAACCUCACUGGUUAAAAAUUGAUUUUGAUCGUUGGCAAACGGAAGACGAUUUGGCAGACGAGGAGAAGCCAAGAAAUGUCCAGGAAGACUAUUCACAGGAAUAUGAACGUUUACAGAAGGAGGAAAUGGGCUAUAUAAAAGAAAGCUCAAAAAAGGUUUAUCUUAUAAUAUACAACUUGGCGCAGUUUGUGGGAUUCCUCUAUGUUCUAUGUGUUUUGGCCAUUAGAUAUUACCGAGAUGGACCCUCAAUGAUACCAACUGCAUAUGCUUUAGUUGGCAACGCAAUGAAGUUCAUUCAACUUCUGCAGUAUCUGGAAGUGUUGCAUCCAAUGUUUGGGUACACAAAGGGAUCCGCACUAAUACCAUUUAUGCAAGUAACCGGAAGAAACUUUGUUCUUUUUGUGAUGAUUGAAUUUGAGGAACGAAUGCAGUCGAAACCUGCGGUAUUUUAUGUGUUUGUCAUUUGGUCUUUGAUUGAAAUAUUUCGAUACCCUUACUAUGUUAGUCAAAUACUGAAAAUGUCGUACGGAUUACUGACCUGGAUCCGAUACACAAUAUGGAUACCUCUGUAUCCACUCGGCAUACUAUGUGAGGGUAUCAUCAUAUUGCGGAAUAUUCCAUAUUUUGAGGAAACAAAGCGUUUUAGCAUCGAAAUGCCGAAUAAGUGGAAUAUAAGCUUUGAUAUGCCGACAUUCUUGAAAAUAUACAUUAUCUUACUAAUACUUCCUGGGUCAUUUAUGCUUAUGUCGCAUAUGGCAAAAACAAGAGCCAAGAAAUUGAAUAAGCGACAACGUGCUCGAAAACUGAGUGACUAGGAAUCCGAUAUCCUAUUAGCUAUAUACCAAAUUUUUAUAUGUCAAAUCGUAGUAUUUUGUGUUGCUAGCUCUUAAUUACUCUUAAAUAUUAUUUAAACUAUAAUUUUGAUGAAAAUAAACAUUAUUUAAUCGUUUUACUUGCAAUAAUUAAGGAAA